CUUCCUUUUUCCACCUUGGACCCUGUGGAGGUGAGUGGAAGCGCUGCUGCUGAACUUGAGGGGCCUGCGGGGAACAGGAUGUCUAUGAGGACAAAUAUGUCUGGAAGGCUGUGGCCCAAGGCCACGUUUGCUGGCUAUAAGCAGGGUCUCCAGAACCAGAGGGAGCACACAGCUCUUCUUAAAAUUGAAGGUGUUUAUGCUCGAGAUGAAACAGAGUUCUACCUAGGCAAGAGAUGUGCUUAUGUGUACAAAGCAAAGAACAACACAGUGACUCCUGGUGGCAAACCAAACAAAACCAGAGUAAUCUGGGGAAAGGUAAGUCGUGCUCAUGGAAACAGUGGAAUGGUUUGUGCUAAAUUCCAAAGCAACCUUCCUGCUAAGGCUACUCGACACAGAAUCCGUGUAAUGCUGUACCCCUCAAGGAUUUAAACUUACUGAAAAUAAAUAAAAUGGAUU